CGCCCAUCGUUCUCAAUGGCCGGGGAGCGAGAGCAAGGAGGCGCCGGUGCCAGUGCAGAGGCGACCAGGCAGGAGGUGUCAACAGAGGCAGUGGUUGAAGUGUGGGAGCAGAUGACUGUACCGGAGCAUGUGCCGAAAGAUACCAACAUGGCUGUGGAUGUUAAGGUGUUGACCCUUAAUAUUUGGGGGAUACCACUGUUAGCAAAGGACAAGAAUGCCAGAGUUGAUGCUAUUGCGAAUCAGCUGCUCACAGGGCCGGACGAGUUUGAUUUUGUAUUUCUGCAGGAGGUGUGGUCGAAGGAGGACUAUCACAAAAUAGCUACCAAAGUCAGCAAGGUUCUUCCUCAUUCCCACUACUUCUAUAGUGGUGUAAUAGGGUCAGGGAUGUGUACCUUCUCACGCUCACCAAUUAAAGAAGUCUUUUACCACCCAUUUGCUCUCAAUGGGUAUCCACACAAAAUUCUGCAUGGUGAUUGGUGGGGAGGCAAAGGACUUGCUGUGUGCCGGAGUACAAGACAUGGUAUUCCAUUUACCCUUAUAAAUACACAUCUUCAUGCUUUGUAUGACCACAAAAAUGAUACUUACGUACAUCACCGUGCUGUUCAAGCAUAUGAGGCAGCGCAGUUGCUUCGAUUUGGCCGUGCAAGUGAAGAUGUUGUAAUCUUCAGUGGAGAUAUGAACUGCACACAAACUGACUUUGCUUACAGACUAGUCAAACACAACGGUGCACUGAUAGAUACCUACAUUGACAGUCCAGUUAAGACCCCAGGAUCAAAUGGAGAAUCAAAUGAGACUCCAGCCAACAGCUACACUAGUGUCAAGACCCUCAUGGAGAACCCUUGUGGUCACAGAAUUGACUAUAUCUUCUACCAGUCUUCCCAAGCGUACAAGGUCAAGACCAAAGUAUGUGAUCUGCCAUUUCCCCAGAGAGUCCCACAACAAGAGUUCAGCUUUUCAGACCAUGAAGCUGUAAGGACAGUGCUUACUAUUACCCCCAUGAAAGGCACUGAAAUUACGGAAGAAAUACCGAGUGUGCAAGCCAAGACGGAUGCCCUGCUGGAGUGUUCUGCAGUGUGUGAGCAAGGCCUGAAGUCUGUAGGCUCUCAGCAGAAACUUUACAUUGUCCUGUCAAUCCUGUGUGCUAUUGUUUUACUGGUGUGCCAUAUUGUGAUAUGUACAGAGUCGUCAUCUGGUGUGACCCGUGGGUUCCUAGGCCUGUUGCUGGUAUUGUUUACAUUCUGUCUUUCAUACUUGCUCUUUAUGGCAACAAUUUUCUACAGAUUUGAAAGUAAUAAGAUUAAAGAAACAAAGUUAGGGAUAGAACAUCAGCUCGAUGAGUUGAGGGAGAAAAAUGCACAAAUUUUUGAAGAGGAGAGGAAGAGGUCUCAGUCAUUUAUCAAGUGACCAAGGAUCAGGGGGUUGGAAUCAAAUGAUUGUGAUAAUGGCUCUGAGCUGCUGUGAAAAUUCCGAAUUCCAAAGACAAUGGUUUUGCCGUCUUUCUGAGGAAAUCAUACACAUUAUCUGUUACUAAAUAGAGCAUGAAGAAAUGAUUCAGUAGUAUUAAAUCCAUAUUUUGUGCAUCACUUCUCACAUGGCAGAAAAUCAAUCUGUACUGCUGUACUGUCAUUAUACAUAAACACAAUAUUAAACUAUAAUUGCCAUCUUCAUGAAUUGAGAAAAAAGCCUCCUUUUUAGUGUAUUGUACUACUGCAUUAUUGCCAAGUUUGUAGAAUCUUAUUGAAAUGCUUGAGAAUUUGCACAAUAUGGAAAGACACUUAUGUUUGUAAUUUUUUUCAUGCUCUUUACAGUUUUGGACAUGGAUUUUUCUUAUUACUAAUCCUAAUUGAAAUGCUUUGAUAAAACAAUAUCUCUGUCUUGCUGUGAUCAUGAAAUCAAUGGAACCGAAUAGAUUUUCUAUUAGAUAAGGAAUAAGAAAAAGAUAUGCCUAGCUCAUACUGCUAAGAAACAACUUAAGUGAUUUUAUGAGCUCAAAGUAGUUCUGCUAGUUCAUUAGUUUUAAAUGGCUUUCCUACACAAGGUAUUUGACAAUAACUCUGUAUAAACAUUUUAAUGACAAAACCUUUUUCUACUCGUGACAAAGUUCCCCUCUAUACAAACUAAACUUUUCAGGUCUGUAAGUUUUUCAUGUACUUUAAGUAGUGUUAAUCAAUCUUUUAAGACAGCAGUGAAUAUUAUAGUUCAAUUUUAUCAAGGGCAUCUAUUUUUGUGUAACAUGUUAAGCACCUCAUUGUCUUGAUAUUGACUUUAAAUCAUUACAUUCCUAGUCUCUAUAUAGUGUUGAACUACAGUCUUUAUGAUGUAAAACAACAAAAAGAGAAGAGUAGAUUUAGAGGACAGAUCAGUAGUGGGUGAAGGUAUUCCUUAGGAAUGUAUGUUGUUUAUUGUUGUUAAGGUUACUGGUUUGUGUAGAGAAUAGAUGGAACAAGAGGAUAAUGUGAAUGAAAAGUGAGUAAUGGCAACUAGAAAUGGCGUAGGUGUGGACUUUUUUGUAGUGUGAUUUAGGGAUUUUAGAAAAAUGUCUUGGAUACAUUUUAGUCAAUACAAAAAUUACUGUAUUUUUUCAUAUAACUGCAGUAUAUUUGAUUUUAAAGUGUGAGGCAAAGCAAGUUCUAAAAGGAUACAUUUUUGACAUUUGAAAGUAAGGACACAAAAGAGAGUCCAUUUGGUGCGUGGUACAUGCACUGUUCACUUUGAUUUUUUUAUUAAUUUUGUUUAUACAUAGAUGUCUGCACAAGCAAUUAUCCAACACCAAGGAGUCUUUCAUGAAGUUUACCUUAUCUCACCUGUUUAACCCCAUUCCUUGAAUUCACACAAAAAAGUUAUAUUUAAUUUGUCAUUGACAGUAAUAAUAGAAUAUACAGAUUAAAAACUUUUCGUCCUGAAAAUUAAAGGAAUGGAAUAAAUAAGUGAUAUUAGGCCUAGUAGCUGACUCCUCAGUGACUAAGCACUUCAGGGGAUAUGUAUGGGUAAUGAAAAUUGAUAAAACAAAAUCAUUGUGGACAUUGUAUACCGGCAUUCAUGACAUCAUUGGGGUGGUAUAUAUAUGUGUUUCUCAGUCCUUCAAGGAGGUACGAAAUUCAAAAUUGAGAGUUUUUAUUAUGGUGAUUGUAUUAAAAAAAAAACAUUCAGCAAUAUUUUUAGAUAAGUCUGAUUCUUGACUAAUCUUGCAAAUAAGUCUGUUAACCUACAUGCUAAGUAGUAAACAAUGAUAAGUAAUAUGAUAUAGGUGGAAAAUAAAUUAUUUCUUGCUUUGUUCUCUAUAGAAAAAAAGUUCUUGUCAGUAUUUCUGACAUUUUAGGAUUAAAAAGGCUAAUACUUCACAUGCAUGUGGUGCCAGUUAAUGUGCUUCUUUGAAUAAUUUCAGGAUUUAUCACACAACUUUAUUUUGAUAAGUUAGGUAUAUUCAAGUGAAAUACAUAUCCUGCAUUUUGAUAGAUAAAGAUGUAUCCGUUGCAAAGGAGUGUUCCAGUAGUGAAUCAGUGUGCUUCAAAUGUUCCUCAAUCUUGUUUAAAGGUCUGGAUAUGGAUAUGAAUGUCUACCAUAAAUUUGUGUAUGUUUUCUAGCAGUUUUAAGGCAAAAUUCUGUACUAUGCUAAACUAUUAAACUAAGUCAUGAAGUGCAUUUUUUUUUGUACAGCUUUGAAAGAGUACUUUUUUUUGCAUAUACAUUAUUGGUUUGUAAUAUUGUCUACAUAGUGUUCAUGUAAGUACUUAAAUGAAAUAGUUGAAGAAAAAUGUAAGUUCAGCCUUUUGUCAUUAUACCAGAUUGAAUCAGCUCAAACUAUCUGAAGAAUGUAUACGUAUUUUGCCUCUCAGAAGCUUCAAACUUACUAGUUAUGUGUAGUUUUGAGUGUUGUUUUAAGAGCUUUACUUGUAAUAAUACCAACCUUGCAUGUUCAAAGAAGGAAUUUGUACUUAUUAUAGUGCUGGUGGCCUCUUCAUUCAUAUACUCAUACAUCUGAAAAGGUGCAUGAUUUCUUUCUUUCACUAAUUUUUCCAAGGUAGUUUGAAACAGGUAGCUUCACUCUGUCUUGUUGGCAACUUGUGAGCUAAGCCCCACUUCUUUGCCUUUAUUCACUGCAAAUAUUAAAUAUUUUUUUGCAUUUUUAAUUUUCUCUUGGUUUAGUAUUCAAUUAUUUUUCUACCGGGUCAAAAAGAGGGGCAGAGCUAAUGACGCCACACGUUUACCCAAUGAGAGUGCGUGUGUUGUGAGAUAUGAGUUAUAAUUAUUUGUAUGAUUUACUUGAUAUUAUAAUUACCAGAAGUAGAAAAAAAAAAAAAAAAAUAUAUACUUCACUUACUUGUUUUUGUUAAGGAACUCUGUUAUCACAUCUGUCGGAAUUUUUUUUUUUCAUUUUUCGGUUCACCAGACUAAAUGGAAGUGGAGCUACCUGGUUAUAUAUACUUUGAUAUUUUAAUUAAUUACAGUAGGACUCGAAAAUCAUUUUCUUUUGAAAAUCUAGUUAUUGUUAUAUCCCUUUGUUAAUAUCGUCUUUUGAUUUCCUCUUCUUUAAUACCAAAAUAUUUAUUCCAGUCAUUAUAAAGAAGGUUCCAAGUGGAGAUGGUGCAAGGUAUACAUUUCAAAAGAUUUAUUUACUUUAAGCUUUUGUACAGCAUACUUACAUGAUGUUACUGUGACAGGAAAAUGGCUUAGAGAUGAUGAAGGCAGUACCAUAGCUCUAUAAAAAGGAAACUAGCAGAGUGGGUUGAAUAAUAUCCCUCUCCUAAAAUACAAAUUUAACAAUAAGCGUGAUACUUAAUAUAAGGAUAUUUAUUUUGAUGUUUGUUACUCCAGCAUCAUUGGAGUGAUAUUGGAAUUAAUGUAAUAUGUCACAAUCCUCCUUUACUCUUCAGUUUAAUGCAGUAAUUCUGUUACAAAAUAUGAUUUGCUAUAUUAUAUUCCUUUGUUUCUGAGUUUGCAAUUUGAUAAAAAAGAUUUUUUUAUUGUUACUGCUGCUGGUUAUUCUCUUAUUUCAUGUCAUGUUAAAGUUAGUUGUUUUAACAUUUAUAAUAUGCUUUGAUAAAAAGAGAUGUAGCACAUGAUGUAAUCAACAGUAAAUAAUCUUUAUUAUAAGCCAGUGUCAAAAUUGGGUCUGUAAGAUCCAGUCUUACCAUUAUUAUUAUCAUUAUUUUACUUUAAACCUCUAGUUUCUAGUUGCUUUUGUAUGUUAAUUUCAUCUGCCUUUGUUUGUAUGUUGAUACCAAGUUUUGUUGUGUCCCAUACAUGUUUUUUUAUUGCUAACACAACCACGAGUUUUGUAUUCAACAAAAAGGGGCCAAUACUAUUACUGUAUUACAACAUAGUUAUGUGGGUUAUGUAUUGUUAACUAGCUUACACACUUAUCAUGUGAUAUGCAUUUUUUAUUGAAUGGCAUGUAUUGAUAAUAUUAGUCCCUGUGGGAAAAGUUAACAUAAUUCUGAUGUAUUUGUUUUGUAUAGAGGCAGUUAUUAUUUAUACUAGGGUUUAAAUUGAGCAGUGUAUGGUAAUGUUUGAAUGAGAGUUGAAACAGGGAAUUCAAAACCUCAGUUAUUAAAUUUUCAUGAAAUUUAUUAAAUAGGGUGUUAAAACAGUAUGUUUUUCUCUUAGCGCUUUUAUUUCAGUUCAGCCAUCUAGGUAAAUUUCAUGCCAUGGUACAAAAGAGAAGGAAAGGACAUUGUGAUGUGUUUGUGAGGUUACAGGUGUGAUACAAGACUAAAGUGGGACCAUUUAAACUAUUGCUCAUAUAAACUUAGGCUGGGUCAGCUGUAGCAUUGCAUUCCUACUUGCAUUAUAUUUAAUUUAGGCUAGAUACCUAAUAGUGACCACUUGUUUUUCUUGCCAGUAUUAUUAUUUUUUUAUUUUUAUAGUUCAAAUUGUUAUGCAAGUUAAAAGUAUAACUUCUCUUUCAGUUUUUCCUUAUAGCUCACAAAGGGAUAUUGUUUCAGAUUUAAAAAAAAAAUUGUUUUUUAUUUUUGAUCUUUAAUGCAUUUGUUCUUGCCUCUCUGAUGUUGACCUACUUCUUAAAGAUUGGUUUGACAGUUGUAAUUAUGGAAGUAGAAUUCACCGUUCAUUCUUUUCUCAAGUCAUUGGUUUAUAAUGUUAUUUCAUCACUUUUAAUUCAAGUUUGUUAUUUAUAAGAAACAAAGGUUCUUACUGACCAAGGACAUAGAUUGGCCUUGGGUUAAAUCUAGUACAUAAUGAAGCUUUAAAUGUAUUAAAAGAAUCAGAUGGGGGAAUAAUUUUUAGGUAGGUAAACUUUCUAGGGCUGCAAUGUUUCCUUUCUUUGUGAAAGUAGUAAAAGGAAGUCGUAAUAUACCAAUUAGAAAUGCUUAAUAGAUCUAUUUCCUCUGUGAUUUUCAAAUAAUGACAAUAACCUAAAUCAAUGGAAAAAUUAGGGUACAUAAUAUCCUCUUAGUGAUUUUUUAAAAAUAAAUGUUUAUGGUCUUAUAGACUUAGAUCGUGAUAUCCAUUAUGAAUGGGUAAUAGACCAAACCAUAAAGUGUGCUUAGAUUGUUUUAGGUAGUAUUUGCCUAAAAAUAGUUUAUUUUAUUGUGUGUAGUAAGCAUGAAUCCAUACAGUACUACCAUGUGCCAGUUUCCUGUAAAGGUUUAUGCUUUUCCAUAACAAUAAAGGAAAUAAAAAGGCUA